CGCGUCUGAGGCAGCGGUUGUGCUUCACACCAGACGAGGCAUAACUAACCGCUGCAUCUCGAUUCUAGGUGGACUUGAUUUACUGAAUUCAAUUUAAACCAUCUUAAUCAUUAAGAAAGCAAAGAAGAAAAUGAGCGACAAUGCAUCGAAUGGGGCCACUACCAAUAAAAAUUCUGCAAAAAAAAGUAUUGGCUACUGGAACAAAGACGAAACGGUUGGGCCAACAUGCAUUUUGAUUAUUCACUACGAUUUCGCCGAUCAAGAAAAACCCAUGAAUCGCAGUGUAGAUGACAAAAUAGACGUCGAAAAUAUUACGUCUACUUUCAAAUCAGUCGGCCAUAUUUGUGAGACAUCUGAUCGGAAGGAUGAAGUGCUGAAGUUAGUUGGCAGUGAGGAUGGAUUAAGAACGAAAUUCCAGCUCGAAAAGAACCAGACACCCGAGUUGUUCAUUGUUUUUAUCAUGACGCAUGGAAACAAGGAUGGAAAACUUACAACACAUCAUGACGAAGAGUUUAACGUGUAUGAAGUGUGCGAAAAACUGAAAUCAAACCCACUCCUUGAAAACGCCAUGAAACUUAUAUUCAUUUCUGCGUGCCGUGGACAAAUUGUAGACGAGUUGACUCAAGCAGUAUAUAUCAGAGAAAAACUACUUCCUCCACGAGGCACAGUUUUCAGCAAAGAUUUGGACAAAGAAAAUCCGGACAACCUGAAUGCAACACGCGUGACAACUGACCCCAACAGCGAAAAUUUUGUCAUUAUGUUUUCCUGCGUUGAAGGCACAUAUUCCCUGCGCUCAGGAGGAUCGUACUUUGUCAAAAACAUCUGCGUCUGUUUCAAAGAGUUGGACAGGGAUGUGGACCUUGAGGAGUUUCUAACCAGAAUCAUGUGGUACCAACAUAAUGACCCCAAUCAAAGAGCAAAAGGAUACACAUCAACGCCAGAAGUCAAGAUUUUUAAGCACAGCAGACAUCUCACCAUUGUCAAGCAGUGUGCUGAAAAGAAUUGCAAUGAUUUCUUAUACAGGUGGGAGUCCGACGAUGCGUACCGCCUUCUCACGCGAAAAGCACAUAUCUUCGCAGCAUCCGACGAAACAUACCAGUCAGUAAGCGAGGAGUUGAAAAAACAUUUUCAGUUUGAACCAAAGCGCUGGGAAACACUAGCAGAGCUGACAAAUUCUGUUUCCCACGAGAGUGGAAAUAAAGACGGCUGCAUGCUGAUUUGCGUCGUGGCUAAACUGGUCACAAAUAAAAACCAAGAAGUUUGUGUGGUGACAGACAAAGAGAGAAUCAAAAUAAAAUCGAUCCUGGGCAUCCCAAUCGGUCCUAUGAAUGCAAUAUGGGUUGGAAAACCUAAAAUUUGUGUUUUCCUAAACGCAAAGACCGUUUCCCAAUCAUUCUCGGUCGAUAUAGAUCAACAGAAGUACGAAAAGACGAAAUUAUCGAUCAGCGGAACCAUCCACGCGGGCCUCUUAUCUAUUAUCCUGCCACAAGAAAAUGCAGUUAAGACUUUCAUGGAGACCCUCGAUGAUUUCACUUCUCAGAAGAAAAUUGAUAACGCCACUUUCCAGCAGUUCUUUUUUUCACUGCUACAAGCAUCAGAGAAGAACGGGGAAAUCCCUCCGAUGGUUGUCACGACUCUACACAAAACCUUACAAAUGAAGUUUCCGCCAUCCUGCUACACAGAAAGCUUCACAAAGACUAACACUAAGAAUUGGGAAACAGAGCCAUGCAACUUAAAAAUACUUGAAUCGUUGAUCAGCAAAAAAGACAAGAAGGCAAGACAAGAAUCAGCGAAGGUGAGUUCCCAGGGCGCAAAACUAAAGGUCGAUGUAACGAUUGCCAAGUACCCAUCUACUACAAAACCUAUUUCCUCAAAAGAAGCGACAGAAGUUUCAAACACUGAAGUAGAAACUUCCGAUGACGCCGUAGAUGAGCACACGGGCUCAGAGGGAGACGUGGACACGGUGUACGUGGUGUCGGCCGAUGCGGGCUCGGGAAAAUCCGAGCUGGCUAAGUAUCUCACUUUUUUCGCCCAGCGCACUCAAGAGGCAACAUGUGUGGACCUGAUGACGAUCAUGUACCAGUUCGUGAUGAAAUUCGACUGGGAAAAGCAUCAAAAUUGCCUCUCAGCUUUUGUCCAAGAGUGCGGAGAGCAUAUAAAUCAGGAAUUGCAGAACGGACCGAACGGAGUUUUGAUUAUCGACGCGAUUGACGCUUUGCUUGAAGAUCUGCGGAAAAUUGUGCUUGAUACAGUGCAAGGGCUGGCAGAGAAAAAGGUGCCUAUGUGGAUUUUCACAAGCCCUGAAUACAAAGAUGAGUUGCUGUCGCAUCUUUCUGGAAUCUGCUCAAUCAGCGUGAUCGAAAUCGACCCUCUUUCCAAAGAGAAACAAACCGAAUUUCUGCAGCAUAAGGGGUUUGAAAGAGUACAAAUCGACCUUCUUCUUGAGAAAAUCAAGCAGCAAAAAGCAGAGGACCUGAUCAGUAAGAUUGGUUACCUGGCAAAGCUCUCAACCUUUCCUGACCUCGCGAAAAAUCUUGAAACCAUCAAUAUUUACAAACUAAGUAAACAUAUCGUUGACACGGCGAUCAAGUCGUACUUAAGUGAAUAUAAGCCAGAUUUGGAAAUUUCGAUUCAAGAAGAAGUUUAUAACGAAAUCAUGAAUGAACUCACUAAUGGGGCGCGCAAAUUUUUCCUACCAACUGAAAUCCAGAAGACACCCCCCAUUGAAAAUGGGAAAGAAGCCCUCGACGACCACUUCUUCAGAUACCCUGCGUCCAAGGUGAGCGGAACCCUGGCCGCCUACCUCUGCGUCAGAAAUAUGAGAUACAAACUGGAGAUUUCUGAAGAGCUCAAGGAUGCUGACAAGAUAGCAAGCCUUCAACGCAUGUUUAACUUUAGACGCGAAAUCUUGAAUAAGAUGUUUUGAUUUAAGCAAUGCUGCAUCGGUUUGUUAGUUUAAUGUAUGUAUUGAUAUGUUAUUUCUAUCACCUAAUCUUUGCAUUACGUAAUUUUCAAACGUGUGUUUAAUUGAUUUUAUAUUAUUAAAAAAUUUCAGUUUGAUAGUCA